CAACCUUUUACAUACGUUUCAACAACCUCAUCAUUCUUCCAAAGAGAGAAAGAAAUAAAGAAAGAAGAGAGAAAUUAAAAAGAAGAGAGAUAAAGGGAAUUAAGAUCUAUCAUCAUUCAUCAAAAAAACACAAACAACAAGGCCUUGCAAAUCUCAUGAACUGUGGAGUCGUGUUGGGUUUCUAUUGCUGGAAUUGGGAGUUCUUAACUGCCCUUCUUCUUUUCUCGGCUGCCUUUUUUUACUGAUCAUAUUAUUGCAUUAUUGAUUAUUUAUUCUUCAUUCUUCUCAGUUUAAUCUCUUUCUUAUUCUUCUUCUUAAUUUUAAGUUCUUCUCAUUUCCCUAUAAAUUAUUUCAUCUUUGAAUAAUAAGAAAAGAGUGUAAGGGAUAAGGUUUAGUAAUUCAUACUACUCUUUUCAUUUUUUUUAAUUUACGCACUUCUCUUUUUAGUCCGUUUCUUUUUAAUCUACACAGGGUUGUUUUUUCUAUUUUCGGCAACAUAAUGGAGGGUGGUGUGUGUGACAAGGAGUUGUUAGAGUAUGCAAUAAUGAGGAAAUCAAAUCCACCACCCUUCUUGUUGAAGACCUAUAUGCUUGUGGAUGAUCCGGCCACAGACACCGUCAUCUCAUGGAACGAUGGCGGUACCGCCUUCGUUGUGUGGCAGCCGGCGGAGUUUUCCCGGGACUUGCUUCCUACUCUCUUCAAGCAUUGCAACUUCUCUAGCUUUGUUAGGCAACUCAAUACUUACGGAUUCAGGAAAGUGGCAACAAACCGGUGGGAGUUUAGCAAUGACAAGUUCCAAAGAGGCAAGAGAGAGUUUCUCGGCCAGAUUCGCCGUCGAAAAGCCUACCGUCAACCACCACCUACGGUGGCAGCAUUACCAACAAGCUUAGAAGCUCCUCCACAUAAUCAUGAUGAAGAUCAAAGAUCCUCAUCAACCUCAUCAUCUUCUGAGCUCAAUAUUCUAGUGGAUGAAAACAAGAGACUAAAAAUGGAAAAUGGGGUGCUUAGUUCAGAGCUCACAACCAUGAAAAACAAGUGCAAUGAACUCCUUGGCUUGGUCGCAAUCUACGCGAACCGAAAGGAAGAAAACGACGAUGACGACGACGACGAUAAUUAUAAAAAACAGCCCAAGUUGUUUGGUGUAAGAUUAGAAGUUCAGGGAGAAAGGGAAAGAAAGAGGAAGAGGUCUGAAGAGGUUUAUGAGACGGCAAGACUUCUAUUAUCUCAGUCAUGCAAGUAAUGUGCAUGCAUGCAUGCAUGCAUGAUUAUAAAUGUAAUAAACAAGCUAAGUGGCUAAUUAAGUCUAGUACUUAAACUUGUUUUUAGAUUUAGAAAAUUUCUCCUGAAAAUUGAAUUACAGUUCAAUUAAAAGUAUGAUUGAACUUUAAAGAUUAAUUUCAGGAACAUAACUGUAGAUAAAUAUAUAUAAACUUGUUCUUGUUCGCAAGUAAUUGGAAAUUUAUAAAAGUUGACAUUUGA